GUAUUUCUUAUUGCGUGCUUAUUUCAUAAUGCCGGAUAUUUGGCAGUAGAUGUUUGCCACGGCAAAAUUUCUGCCGUGUAAGAAGUUGGCGGAGUAACAAUGACCAAUAUAAAAGAUGGUCGUGUUGUUCACUUUUUUAACACUAACAUUGUCUACUAUCCCGGCAAAAACUCAAGAAAUAUGUCAAGCUCACUUAACAUUACCAAUGAAAGCCUUCAAUGCUGCCGCCGAGGCAAUCUCCGCACUGGAACCCCCACGGGCAAAGAGGUCACUCUAGCUGGACGCCAGGCCUAUUUCGCCGCUGCUGCCAAUGGUAAGCCUGUAGGCGCCUUGCUUUAUAUCACGGACGCUUUUGGCUGGGACGUGUCUAAUGCUCGUCUUUUGGCUGACACAUAUGCUGCCGACGGUGACCUUGAUGUCUAUAUUUUAAAUGUUCUGGAUAAGGACGCUGUUCCUCCUGGCGCUUUCACUCACCCUGACCUAAAGUUUGACAUGGCCGCUUGGGCAGGCAAGAUUAUCUCCUUGAGACCUGAGCACGAAAAUGCUUACAUUGAAGCUGUCAAGGAGCUUCGUUCAAAGUAUUCAAAGGUUGCUGCCUCCGGUUACUGCUGGGGUGGCUAUUAUUCCAUUCGUCUCGCUCAACAUGAUGACUUGAUCGAUACUGCCAUUGCUUCUCAUCCUAGCUUGGUGGCUGUCCCUGGAGACAUUGAGCCCAUCAAGAAGCCCGUCUUCUUUGUCUGUGCCGAAACAGAUCAACAAUUUGGUGAAGAGAAGCGUGAAGAAGCUAAGGAAGUUUUGGCAAAGAAGCCUGAAACAGGAAGCUUUUUCAAAUUGUAUCCAGGUACCCAGCAUGGUUUUACUACCAGACCAGAUCCCGAAGGAGUUACCGCCUCGCAUGAAGCUAAAGAUGCCACUGUGACUUGGAUUCUCAAGCAUUUUGGUGUAACUAACUAACUAGCGCCUUUAGCCGUAGCCACUAGGCAAUAUUACAAAUUGCCGUCUAUGCAGCAGCCCUUCAGACUGUAAGGCUUAUUGUACAAACACACGCAAUCCCAAAUCCAGAAGUUGUAUCUCAAUACUAUGAAAUUAUCCAAUCUAUCAAGAGCGUAUAUCCAGGAAAUAAACCAAAUUUUAACAGUUUUACAUUUUCAACCUUUUACUUCAAUGAUUUUUGUGGCGCUUGUCUAUGCGUACUGUACAAUUGUGGGUUCGCCCCAACUUAUUCAUAAUUUAAGAGGAAUAUCUUGAGAGGGAACAGUUCAAUGUCAUAUCCUUUUUACAUAUAUCUAAGAUCUCAUCUUUUGAAGACGGUCAGUGAUCUGUUGCAUGAACUCGGCAGUGGUGGAGUAGUGCUCAGGCUUCAAGCUAUGAAAUGGUACGUUAUUAGUGACCAGUCCUACUACAAUUAUUC